AUGCUUUUGUCUUCCAUCGAUUUCGCAACACGUGAGGGACCAAGAUCUGAACCUGUCGGAGAAGGUGACAGCAUGGAUUGUGAAGAUGAUGAGCUCGACGGCGAGUUUAGCGACGAAGAACCUAAGGGCGAAGAGGAAGCAUAUUCUCCUGGAGCCGAAGAAGAAUUACUCUCGAGCGGUGAAGCUUGUGGAUUGUUGGGGGGGGGGGGGGCCAUGGCGAUUGGUGAAAGGGAAAAAUCAAAGAGACUUCGAAGAAGAAAUCAGAGAGAAUUUUACAGAAUUUUGAGAUUUCAACGAUGA